UAUUCAAAAUAAAGCAGGAAAGAUCAAAUCUAUCAAAUAUUUUUAAUUUUAAAUAGAUUCACGCCCACUCAAAAGUAGUCUACGCCCCAACGUUGGAGAACCACUGCUGUAGUGUGGAAUACAAAAAAAAUGCGGAGUUGCCUGGAAGGCGACGAUAAAUAUUUAUUAGAUAGAUAUUAUUUAUUAGUGACAUGAGAGCAGCUUCGUCAAACCCAGCCAAGAUGGACAAAUAUUUCUGCUUUGCAAUCCAAUUCUCGUUUGCUCUUGCUGGAAAUGGACAAUUAUCUGGCACGGGAGACACAUGCAUCACGGGAAACGAUUGCAAUGCAAUGAAUGAAAUUUGCUUUGACCUAAAAGAAUCCAAUUGUCAUUGUCCAAUUGGAUUCAAAGGAGUCGACUGCAAAGAACCUAACACUCCUUACAUCGACGAAAAAUGCGAACUACCAGAAUCAUUACCAUCAGUAUGUGAGGAAGCAUUAAACUUAUGCGGACCAAGUUGUCCUCCGGGACAUAUAUGCUGUUCAGUAGGAUGCGCAGCAACUUGCAAAUCUCGUGACGAAUGCACAACAACCGAAGAUUGCCCGGAAAAUAGAAUGUGCAUUGACAGUCCAUUUAAACCCAAUGUUUGCGAUUGCCCAUUUGGAUAUACAGGAGAUGAUUGUACGGAACAACAAGAUGGCAUCGACGACAGAUGCCCUUAUCCCGAUGAUCUGAUUGAUGUUUGCGUGACUUCCCAAAUAAACUUCCAAUGUGAUAAGGAUAACACAUGUCCGGACGGAGAAACAUGUUGCCACGGACCAGAUGGAUGUUCAACCCGUUGUUUUAAAUUAGGCUGCAAAACAACCGCGGAAUGUCCGGGAAAUAAAAUAUGCCUUCAACCACAAUCACGACCCAAUGUUUGUGAUUGUCCAUUUGGAUUUGAAGGAGAAGAUUGUAUGGAACGACAAGAUGGCAUCGACGUCAGAUGCCCUUAUCCCGAUGAUCUGAUUGACCUUUGCGUGACUUCCCAAGUCGACGUCCAUUGUUCUGAAGGUAACCAGUGUCCGGAUGGAGAAAUAUGUUGCCUAGGGGCAAAUGGAUGUUCAACCAACUGUAUUCCAAUAGAAUGCAAAACAACCGCGGAAUGUCCGGGAAAUAGAAUAUGCUUUCAACCACAAUCAAGACCCAAUUUUUGUGCUUGUCCACUUGGAUUUGAAGGAGAAGAUUGUAUGGAACAACAAGAUGGCAUCGACGUCAGAUGCCCUUUUCCCGAUGAUCUGAUUGACCUUUGCGUGACUUCCCAAGUCGACGUCCAAUGUUCUGAAGGUAACCCGUGUCCGGAUGGAGAAAUAUGUUGCAUAGGAGCAAAUGGAUGUUCAACCAACUGUAUUCCAAUAGAAUGCAAAACAACCGCGGAAUGUCCGAAAAAUAAAAUAUGCUUUCAACCACAAUCAAGACCCAAUGUUUGUGAUUGUCCAUUUGGAUUUGAAGGAGGAGAUUGUAUGAAACGACAAGAUGGCAUCGACGACAGAUGCCCUUAUCCCGAUGAUCUGAUUGACCUUUGCGUGGCUUCCCAAGUCGACCCCCAAUGUUCUGAAGGUAACCCAUGUCCGGAUGGAGAAAUAUGUUGCCUAGGAGCAAAUGGAUGUUCAACCAACUGUGUUCCAAUAGAAUGCAAAACAACCGCGGAAUGUCCGGGAAAUAAAAUAUGCUUUCAACCACAAUCAAGACCCAAUGUUUGUGAUUGUCCAUUUGGAUUUGAAGGAGAAGAUUGUAUGGAACGACAAGAUGGCAUCGACGACAGAUGCCCUUAUCCCGAUGAUCUGAUUGACCUUUGCGUGGCUUCCCAAGUCGACCCCCAAUGUUCUGGAGGUAACCCAUGUCCGGAUGGAGAAAUAUGUUGCCUAGGAGCAAAUGGAUGUUCAACCAACUGUGUUCCAAUAGAAUGCAAAACAACCGCGGAAUGUCCGGGAAAUAAAAUAUGCUUUCAACCACAAUCAAGACCCAAUGUUUGUGAUUGUCCAUUUGGAUUUGAAGGAGAAGAUUGUAUGGAACGACAAGAUGGCAUUGACGACAGAUGCCCUUAUCCCGAUGAUCUGAUUGACCUUUGCGUGGCUUCCCAAGUCGACGUCCAAUGUUCUGAAGGUAACCCGUGUUCGGAUGGAGAAAUAUGUUGCCUAGGAGCAAAUGGAUGUUCAACCAACUGUGUUCCAAUAGGCUGUAAAGACCCCUUUGAUCGCAAAACAUGCACCGAUCCAGAACAAAAUCUGCAUAGCCGACGAUUCUACUGCCGGUUUCAAUUGUCGAUGUCCUUUCGGAUACAGCGAACCAUGUGCGCCACACCAUUAGCGGGUUUUGAUGAUGGGAAUGCCCAUUUUCCCAAAGUUCCUGGAGAUACUUUGAUGAGUUGGAAACCACGACCUGUACGAAAACUGGACGAGUGUGAAGACGAUAAAAGUAUGCUGUUCCACAGGUUGUGAACGGCUUGUGUGGAUCUUUCAGAUCCAAAACCACCAAGAAAGAAGCCAAACCUUGCACUAAUUGCACUUCUUUUGUCCACACGUCGACAGCGACCUCCUGUAGCACCAGCAGUUUCCCUUGUAUCAGUUGCCCCAAUUUAUCCAGUAUCGCCAAUAUUAC